AUGGAGCUGCUGUCGCCGCCGCUCCGAGACGUAGACUUGACUGGCCCCGACGGCGCCCUCUGCAACUUUGCCUCCGCGGAUGAUUUCUAUGAUGACCCUUGUUUCGACUCCUCCGACCUGCGAUUCUUCGAGGACCUGGACCCGCGCCUCGUGCACGUGGGCGCGCUCCUGAAGCCCGAGGAACACUCGCACUUCCCGGCGGCAGUGCACCCAGCGCCCGGCACGCGCGAGGACGAGCAUGUGCGCGCUCCCAGCGGGCACCACCAGGCUGGCCGCUGUCUGCUGUGGGCCUGCAAAGCGUGCAAGCGCAAGACCACUAACGCCGACCGCCGCAAGGCAGCCACCAUGCGCGAGCGGCGCCGCCUGAGCAAAGUCAACGAGGCUUUCGAGACGCUCAAGCGCUGCACGUCCAGCAACCCGAACCAGCGGCUGCCCAAGGUGGAGAUCCUGCGCAAUGCGAUUCGCUACAUCGAAGGCCUGCAGGCGCUGCUGCGCGACCAGGACUCCGCGCCCCCUGGUGCCGCCGCUGCCUUCUACGCGCCUGGCCCGCUGCCCCCAGGCCGUGUGGGCGAACACUACAGCGGCGACUCAGACGCGUCCAGCCCGCGGUCCAACUGCUCCGACGGCAUGAUGGACUACAGCGGCCCCCCGAACGGUGCCCGGCGGCGGAACUGCUACGAUGGCACCUACUACAGCGAGACGCCCGGCGAACCCAGGCCCGGGAAAAGUGCCGCGGUGUCGAGCCUCGACUGCCUGUCCAGCAUCGUGGAGCGCAUCUCCACCGACAGCCCCACCGCUCCCGCUCUUCUGCUGGUGGAUGCGCCGCCGGAGUCUUCUCCCGGUCCACAGGAGGAAGCCGCCCAGAGCGAGGUCGAGCGCGGCGCCCCCACCCCUUCCCCGGACGCUGCCCCGCAGUGCCCCGCGGGCGCAAACCCCAACCCCAUCUACCAGGUGCUCUGA